AUGUCUGCACAAAUUUCCACGAGCGACGCCGGCAAGGAGCUGAAGCUCCUGCAUUACAUCUAUGGGCAACCAAAUCUAGAUGAAAUCCGGGGCCAUCCCCAAAAAGUGAUCGAUCUGAUUCACGAGUUUGAGAAAGACUACAAUUUUAUGAUUGUCGGCGCCGAAAAGGGCAAAUUCGUCACCAAGCUCAUCGAUGAACUCAAGCCAAAGACCAUGAUCGAGCUCGGCUGCUACGUGGGCUACUCUGCAAUCUUGUUCGGUGAUGUGGUCCGUCGAAACGGUGGUGAACGCUACUUGAGUCUCGAGUUGAACCCAGAGUUCGCCGCAAUUGCCAACAUGCUCGUCGAGCUAGCUGGAUUGCGUGACUUUGUGCGUAUCAUUGUCGGUCGAAGCGAUGUGUCGCUACACAAAUUGCUCACUUCGGGCGAGAUGAAGAAAGUAGAACUUCUCUUCCUCGAUCAUUACAAACCGGCGUACACCACUGACCUCAAGAUAUGUGAGCACUUGGGGGCUAUUGUGCCAGGCUCAGUGCUCGUUGCCGACAAUGUCAUUUACCCGGGUAACCCACCAUAUCUGGAAUACGUCCGCAGCACGGUGGAACAGAAGCGUGAAGCGGCCAAGGCUGGACCUUCUCAGGCAUAUAACACUACCGGCAUUGCGGAACGUGCGGUCCAGUCCUUUGUGGGCAGAGAUGACGUGCCCACUUUCCGAUUUGUCGGGAACCCGCACUUGGUGUAUCAGAGUCAGCUAUGCCAACCCGAGGGAUUGCGAGAUGCUAUCGAAGUAACGAGGUGUGUUGGGAUACAAGAGGAAUAG